AUGUACAUCUCCUCUUUUCUUUUCCUUACCGACCCGAAAAGAUGUUCCACUUCCCGUCUCUCGGUUACCAUUACAACGAAAAACAAAAAGCGGCACGGGCCAAAAAACGUGGAGACGGCAACAAAAUGUUGGAGUAAAGACAAGACAAGGCUAAACGGGGUUGGCCCUGAAUGCGGUUGGUUGUUUGAGAAGAGCUGUAAUAGUUAA